AUGACCAAAGACCACCCCCAAAACCACACCCAAACACACUCCCUCACCUCCCCCGAAACCUUCUGGUCUCACCAAGCCGAUCAACUUCAUUGGCACAAGAAACCCGCCACCGUUCUCCAAAAGACAACCAAACAACUCCCUUCUGGUAUCUCUCACGACCACUGGGCCUGGUUCCCUGACGGCGAGAUCUCCACAUGCUACAACUGCAUCGAUCGUCACGUCCUUGCUGGCAGGGGGGAUGCUCCUGCCAUCUUGUAUGACAGCCCGGUCACGAACAAGAAGGAGACAUACACCUAUGCCAGGUUACUCGACGAGGUGGAGAUCUUUGCGGGUGUGCUGAGAGAGGAAGGGGUGAAGAAGGGGGAUGUGGUGCUUGUUUAUAUGCCCAUGAUACCCGCUGCCAUGAUCGGGAUUCUAGCUAUCAAUCGUCUUGGUGCGAUCCAUGCCGUUGUGUUUGGCGGUUUUGCUUCUGGGGCACUGGCCCAAAGAAUUGAGGCUUCGAAGCCGGUUGCUAUCCUGACUGCUUCUUGCGGGAUAGAGGGGAGUAAGGGGCCGAUUGGGUACCAGGGUUUUGUGGAGGAGGCGAUGAAGAUUUCGAGUUGGAGGCCGCCAAAGACUAUUAUUUGGCAAAGAGACGAGCUGCCAUGGCGACCCAUUGAUAGAGCGAAUGGCCAACGAAAAUGGCAGGCCCUCGUCAAGAGCUGCCGUGCUAGAGGUUGGCGAGCGGCGUGUGUUCCUGUCAAGUCGACAGAUGGCGUCUACAUCAUCUACACCAGUGGCACGACGGGUCUGCCAAAGGGUGUGCUGAGAGAAGCUGGCGGCCAUGCCGUCGGUCUGCACCUGAUGAUCUCGUAUCUCUUUGGUGUCCAUGGUCCUGGUGAUGUGAUGGGAUGCUACAGCGAUAUUGGCUGGGUCGUCUCUCACAGCUAUACUUUAUACGGCCCCCUCUUGACCGGCGCUGCAACCGUCUUAUAUGAGGGCAAGCCAGUCGGCACCCCUGAUGCCUCGGCCUUCUGGCGUCUGGCCGAAGAGUACAAGAUCAACACCAUGUUCACUGCCCCCACCGCCCUCCGCGCAAUCCGCAAAGAAGAUCCGGAUAACAUCCGUUUCUCUCGUGUUGGUGAGCGCGGAGGUCUCAGGAACCUUCGAGCACUAUUCCUGGCCGGCGAAAGAUCAGAACCAUCCAUCAUCACCAUGUAUCAGGACCUGCUAGCCAAACAUGCUGCACCUGGCGCACUGGUGAUUGACAACUGGUGGUCAUCCGAAUCCGGCUCCCCCAUCUCGGGCAUCGCUCUCGUGCCCCAUGCAGGUCAUGACAGAGCCAACCCCACCUCCUCUGCCUCACACCCACCGCUGAAGAUAAAACCUGGUUCGGCAGGCAAAGCUAUGCCUGGAUUUGAUGUCCGCGUCGUGUCUGACUCUGGUGAACCUCUACCACCAAACACCAUGGGCAAUAUUGUCCUAGGCCUCCCACUUGCCCCUACUGCCUUCAGGACUCUGUGGGGAGAUGAGGAAAGGUUCUACAAGGGUUACCUCAAACGCUUCGACGGGAAGUACAUCGACACCGGUGACGCAGGUGUCAUUGAUGAGGAUGGCUACAUCCAUAUCAUGGCACGCUCAGACGACAUCAUCAAUGUGGCUGCUCAUCGGUUGUCCACUGGCCAACUGGAGCAAGCCAUCACCACCCACCCUGACGUCACGGAAGCAUGUGUGGUUGGCAUCCCUGACGCACUGAAGGGGCAGAUGCCGUUUGCUUUCAUCAGCACUUCCCACGGAGCGGCAACUACAAAAGAGAAGAAGGAGAAACUGUUUCAGGAGAUACAGACCCUGGUCAGGAAGCAAGUGGGUGCUAUUGCGAGUUUGGGGGGGAUGAUUGAGGGUAAGGGGAUGAUUCCCAAGACGAGGUCAGGGAAGACGCUGAGGAGGGUGUUGAAGGAGUUGUUGGAGAAUGCGGUGCAUGGGGAGGUGGACAAGGAGUUGAAUGUUCCCAGUACGGUGGAGGAUAUGGGGGUUGUGGAGGUGGCGAGGGGGAAGGUGAGGGAGUACUUUGUGGAGUUGAAGAGGAAGGGGAAGAGGCAUGCGAGCAUUGAGGGGAGGGGGAAGGCGAAGCUUUAGGGGAGUAUCUUGCGGUGAGGAUCGGUGUGAUGAUGAGAGUGGGGAGUGAUGUUAUGAUAUUUACCAUGAGGCAUGUUAGGCACUUUGUUGAAAAUAUAGCGGAGUUCCAAGCUGUGAGGGCCACGGUCCUUGGUCGUCAUCCACUGACUUUCCUUCUUCAUCAAUCUGCUAGUAAGCCACCUCCACCAGCGAAAUUACAAGACGUUAAGGCAGAGCCCUAAUUAACUUCAUCCAGACAGCGCGCAAAUCAAAGUUAUAAUCUAAUUUACUCAUUCUUUUAUACCCUCAACAUCACGGGUUCAGAAAUCCCCUAUUUUCACCAAGGGACAGGAAUACCGCGGCCGCGCGUAUCUGACCAUACCUUCAGUAAGGGAGCGGUACUUAAGAUCCAUCGACAUCUACCACUGGGACCGUUUGGUAUGAUGAACAAUGUUGGCUACAAACUUCCGGAGAAGAGACGCGUGUGAAGGGCGAGGAUAAAAAAGGUCAUGAUGCAGUGAGCGAGAGCUAGGAAUGUAGGACUUGAUAUUGCCUUUGUAUCAGUGACUAUCUCAACUUUUAAGGGGCAUGACGGGAUAUUAUAGAUACAAUAUUGCACACUAUAAUGUAGAAUGUAAGGUCUUGAAAGAUAGUAAUAACUCCUCUCGGCUAUCUUGAAAUGCC